GCAAGUAUAGCUAUGAGACAAUUAUAGCUAUCAAACAAAGCGAUCUUGUUAUAAAUUCAAAAUUGUGAAGCGAAUAAAUUUCGAUUGUGGAAAUUACUACCAAUGUCGAAUGGGAUAAACGCAAAGGACUGCGUCGUUUCACAUCUCAGGUAAAAGAAAAGCCACGGAGUGUUCGAUUUGCACCACCGAUGGCAGAUCACGACAAUAUUUAUGAUGACGAGGAGCUAGUUUCAACCAACCCAAAUCAAAGGAAUUGGCGUGGGAUUUUAAUAGCGUUACUCGUGAUCGUCGCAGUCCUAGCUCUUAUUGUCACUUCCGUAGCUUUGCUCACACCUCCCGAUGAUGGCCCUAGAGUACGCGGAACACGAUUACGUCUCUCCGAGGUACUCUCUGGCGAAUUAUCUCCUUUAUUAUUCAAUGGAUCUUGGGCGAGUAAUCGCCACAUAUGUUAUCGAGAUAUUUGGGGUGGCAUUUCUCUGUUAAAUGUCUCGAACAUCGUAUCGCGCAGUUUAAUGCCAAAUGAGACAUUCAGACGAUUGAAUCCCGUAAAAUUCUCUUUAUCGCCGGAUCAUCAAUUUUUGCUUCUUGCACAAAAUGUGAAGAAACUGUUUCGCUAUUCGUACUUAGCGCAAUAUAUUGUUUAUGACGUCAAUUCACGAGAGUGCGUAGCGUUAACACCUUAUCCUGAGAAAGAGAGUCAUCCAUAUCUUUUGCUAGCGCAAUGGACUCCACGCGGACAUGGACUCGUCAUGGUACAGGACUACGAUAUUUAUUACACAACAAGUCCCACAAGCAAUACUGCAUAUCGUGUAACGAACACUGCAGUGCCUGGUAUAUUGUCCAAUGGUGUACCAGAUUGGUUAUACGAAGAGGAAAUAUUGCACAGUGCAGAAGCAAUAUGGAUGUCGCCUGAUGGUCAUAUGAUGCUUUAUGCCUCGUUCAACGAUUCUCUUGUAGAAGAGAUGCACAUUUCAUGGUUUGGAGAGGGAAACAAAGCUUUAUAUCCUGAUAUACGAUCGCUACGAUAUCCUAAGCCAGGAACACCAAAUCCUUCUGUACGAUUAUAUGUUGCUGAUUUAGUUGAUCCGAAAAAUAUUCGUACGAAGAUAGUGAAACCACCAUCAGUCAUCGAGCAUACGGACCAUUAUUUCUCGACUGCUUCCUGGGUAUCUCUGACAGAAGUCUGCAUAACGUGGUUGACACGAGUCCAAAAUUUUUCAGUAAUUACCAUCUGUAAAAGCCCAAUGUGGCACUGUCAGGAAAUACAAAGAAUAUCAAAUGAGAAUAAUCAUGGAUGGGUGGAUACUCCACCAGAAGCGCCUCUCUUUUCAACAAAUGGUAGCAGUUACAUCGCAAUAACUCCAGUGAAAGAUGGACCGGCGGGAUAUUUCAAGCAUAUAAUUUGGGCUAGUGUGCUUCGAAAACAAGUAGUGCCUUUGACGCAUGGAAAAUUUGAGAUCGUUAGGAUUUUAGUAUGGGACCAAACAAAUAAUACUAUAUAUUUCAUCGGUAUUCCAUUUAUGAGACCGGGUCAGAGACACCUUUAUCGUAUAAGUUCUACUCUUCCUCGACUAGGAUCGCCCUUGAGGCCUCCUAUGUGCCUCACAUGCACCAUCUCAUCUGACAUGACAAGCGAUGACGAAAAUGGACAUCGAAUUAGUUCUUUCAAUGGUCUCAUCAAUCGAAAUGAAUGGCACGAAACUGAUAAUAACAAGGAACAUCAUCAAGCAAAGGAUAAAAAGGACAAGUCAAAAAACAGGAAUGUUUCAAAAAGCGGCGACCCACCUUGUCAAUAUCACAAUGCGAUCUUCCCAUCCGCGGAUUUUGAAUAUUUCGUUCUCGAGUGCCUUGGACCUGGUGUACCUACCGUGGCCCUUUACAAAAUGGAAAUGUCUACUCCGCGACUCCUCGCAACAUUACAGAAUAAUACGUCGUUGCGCGAAAGAAUAGCAAACAUCGCACUUCCACAGGUAAAGACAUUUCCUGUGCAGAUAAGUGGUGGGUACAACGCUCAGGUGAGAUUGCAUUUACCACCCGGGCUAAGAGAGGAUGAGAUUACACGUUAUCCAUUGGUGGUUCAGGUAUACGGUGCUCCUGGGUCGCAAUUAGUCACUGAAAUGUUUAAAGUGGACUGGAAUACAUAUUUGGCUAGUCGGAGAAAUGUUAUUGUCGCACAAAUCGAUGGCAGAGGAAGUGGAGGACAAGGCUACAAAUUAUUACAUGAGGUGUAUUAUAGACUAGGUUCUGUAGAAGUGGCUGAUCAACUUGAAGUUACAGAGUAUUUAAGAGACUCUCUGCAUUUCGUGGACAAACGAAGAGUCGCCGUUUGGGGAUGGAGUUACGGUGGUUUUGUUGCCGCUCUUGUGCUGGCUCAUCCGGAACAGAAGGUGUUUCAAUGCGGGAUAAGCGUCGCACCUAUCGUCUCCUGGGAGCUUUAUGAUUCUGCAUAUGCCGAGAGGUACAUGGGAUUACCGAAUGUGACAUCCAAUUACAAAGGUUAUGCUGAAUCUAAUGUUUAUAACAAAGUAAAGUACCUGCAUGAUAAGAUGUUUUAUUUGGUGCACGGAACUGCGGACGAUAACGUUCAAUUCCAACAGUCCAUGGCACUUGCCCGUCAUCUCGCUAAAGAAGGCGUACUUUUUCGACAGCAGGUCUAUCCGGAUGUAAGUCAUACUUUGGCGGGCGUUAAGGGACAUUUAUAUCUCUCCAUGGAACAGUUCUUGGAAGAUUGUUUUCAAAAACAAGUACCUGCUGACACGAAGGCUGGACUUGGUAGCGGCGGUUAUGGCAUGUACUAAUAUUAAAAAAUUUAAAAGAUAACGAUUACAUGAAAUAUUGAGUACCUACAAGUUGAUUAAAAUUGUAUAAAAACCUAAAAAAAAGAAGACGAAGAAAAUUGUAAAAAUCUAAACAUCUCCAAAUUGUGUUCCGUCUAAUAGAAUAUUUACAGAAGAUAUGUGGCUCAUCGUUUUGUACUCCAACAAUCGAAAUUAUAAAACGCAAUGAGAAGUAUGUAUAAUCAUCCAGUACAUAAUUUACAAUGCGUUUACACCAGUUAACAAAGCACAUACCGAUUAUCUAAUCAAAUAAAUUGUCUAUGAAAUUACGCAAAUUAUAUUCAUUUAAAGAUAUCUAAACAUUAAAUAAAAAUAAUACAAUGGAAUUUAACGCCGAAACAGUCGAGGAAAAUAGCAUUACAAUGACAAUUUUAUAUUGUACAGUGCCCGCCUAAAGUUCCAGGCGUACACUGCAUACGUUUCGUAAUUUAACGAAAUAUUAAUUUCUAAAGA